UCGCCGGCUAGGCAGCGGGUUCGGCUGCGCGGCGGGGCUGAGGCGGCUGAGGCGGCCGCGGCGGCCGGAGCGCAGGGAGCGGACAUCGGGUUCCUGAGCCUCGGCGCUGAGGACAGCUAAGCCUCGUGCACAGCCCUCUGGACGACAGGGGCCCGGAGCCGAUGGCAGACAAUGUCAGCCACUAACAACAUAGCCCAGGCCCGGAAGCUGGUGGAACAGCUCCGCAUCGAAGCCGGGAUCGAGCGCAUCAAGGUGUCCAAAGCCUCAUCGGAACUCAUGAGCUACUGCGAGCAGCACGCCCGGAAUGACCCCCUGCUGGUCGGAGUCCCCGCGUCCGAGAACCCCUUUAAGGACAAGAAGCCCUGUAUUAUUCUGUAGCGUUGUCCCUCCGUGUGUCCCUGCCUGUGUCUCUCGCUCCGCUAGGGCGUCUGCACCACGCACUCCGGCAACACCUCUCCUGUCCCCAAACCUCCGGUUCCGGAAGGAACGCGAGCCGCUGCCUCCACGGAUGGGGUAAACUCCUCUCCCGGCCCGGCCAGAAGAUGACGCUGGGGCCGCGGCCGCUUCCCAUCAGGAGUAACAGAGAUCCCGAGUGACGUGGUAACAAUUUGCGGAAACUCUGGGUUGCCGGGGGGCUGCGGUCCAGAGCCCGGCCGCGCCGCGAGAAGGGAAGAAGGACCGGCCGCUGGCCCCGGGCGCCCCGGCGGGUGGCCAGUCUCACCCGCUGGGCCGUUUGUGAAACACUUGGCCAGGUCCCCGCUGCCGUGCUCUUUUUCUUCUCCUAAGCAGAGGAGAAUUGGGUGGUGGGGGCGGGUCACGGGAAACCUCUUUGGAAACUGGUCUCCUUUUCAGUUAGGCGAUUAUUAUUCCGCAGCGCUGGGCCCAGAGCUGGGGGGCUGAGCCUGCAGCUGAGGGGUGUGUAAAAUGCAUCCAGGGAAUUUAGGGGCCGGGAAGGGGGCUUUGUCUGUGACGUGCACCCCGCGCAGCCCAGUGUCGCCCUGCUGUGUGGCAUGUGUGCGGCCUCUAUACGGCACGCACCACCCAACGGCCAGGCCGUGGCCCCCCGCCCUUUCCUGGGAUCCCACCCAUCCCACAAAGGGAUUCUCCGCAACUUGUCCCGCUCACCGGAAUGGCCGGCGGCGUUCCGUCUGGUGUUGAGCACGAAACGUCGACGUGGGCCGUGGUCACACCUGGCUCUUCCGGGUUGUUGUGUCGUGUUGUGUUUUUUUCCACUUUAGCGCAUCGCUAUGGCCAUUUUGCAAACAGAAAUGCAGCCAGAGGAGGCCCUUCCUGGGGGGGCCAAAAGGUGUUAGGUGACCAGAAGGAGCCGCAGGGCCUCACCCGUGGGACUCCUCGCCCUUCCCUUCCCUUCCCUGCAGUGGUUCGUCUUUAGUCCCUUGGCCUCUAGUACGACCGGGCAGUUGAAGGAGCCGGAGGUACAGGGAGGGCACAGGGCACACCCGUCCCCACACCCCCACCCCCCUGCCCCGCACCGGGACAGUCCUCACCCCAGGGCCUCGUGCCGACCUCCAUGCUCCUGCCCCCACUCAGCCCCCUGCUAGUGCCAAGGCCCAGAUCCCACCAACGCUACGCUCAGGGGGACGGGGGAUGUGUGCACGGGCUGGCGGGUGACUCCCCCUGGUGUGCAGGCUGUAGGCCCGGCCUCGCUCCCCGGCUCCCAGCUCUCUCCGGCCGGUCCGGGAGCACCAGGGGCUUUGGGGAGCCCAGCCUGUCCAAACCUGCGGUUGGAUGGGGAAGCCUUGGCCGCCUUUCAUUGGGCAGGGAGCCAGAGGGGGCACUGUCCCCCACAGAGCAGCAAGAGGGAACAAAACCCGUUCCCCACCGGGGAGGCUGGGGCGCAGCAGGAUCUACCCAGAGACUGGGGGUGGGGGCGGCUGGCAGGGCGAGGCCUGUCCAGGCCACUUCUGUGCAAGAAGCCUUAGUCCCUGGGGCCCAACCUUCCCCUGCGUCCCCACUGUCCUGGUCUAAUGCUCUGGCCGUGGGGCCCCACCCCAGCGGCCCCCCAGAGAGGCCAGCGGGAGGGGAGGCGAGGUGAAACCCAGGAGCCCGGCUGAGGGCCGAGCGGUUGAACCGAGUCCGGCAGCCGCCACAGCGCCCCCCCCCCCCCCAGCCCUGAAGUGAACCCAGGUCAGAGCCCCCCGGGGCUGAGGGGUCUGAGUAAACUAGGCCCAGAGAGGGUGAGGAUGGGCCGUACCCCCCGCCCCCAUCCUGCCCCAGGAGCCCCAGCCUCGGCCCAGGGAGGUGGCCGUCACAGGAGCCCCACCACGGGUAUCUUUCUGAGUGAGAAAAACCCUUCCUUUUGCCUUCUCAAGUAAACCUCCGUGUCUGUAGUGUAGACCUGGAGGGCCUGUGCAUACGACCGCCUGUGCUUCCCAGGCCAGUGUCCUGCGUGAACACGUGUGCAGGGCUCUGCGGGAGCUGGCGGGUGGCAGCCCGCAUUUCAGCCACAUCAAGAGGGGGCAUUAAGGGCACGCCGCCCCCCCCCCAAAAUAAACAGGGGCGGGAGACACAGGGUUUCCCUUUCUUUAGCGUGCCUGGGUGUCCCCCGGGGCUGACAGCUGGGGCCCGUUCCCUCCCCUCCCCUCCCCCACUCCAGGAAGGAGCUAGAAGGCACACCCCUCCCCACAGCGGUCCCCCAGGCCAAGAAUUAAGUGGGUGGUGGUGACCUCUGGCCCCCAGGGAUGUGCAGUCCUUCUUCCUGUGACCCUGGCUGACCCCCUCCAUGUCCGGGCGCUGGACCUCCAGGCAGCUCAUCCGUGUCUGUGGGGCCCCAGCCCCACCGAGCUCUGGGGGCAGGAAGAGGCCACCAGCCCACCCCGAGGGUGAGUGACCAGGAGCAACUUCCAGGCCCAGGGGAGGCCACCGAGGGUUGCUCGUCCUUCAAGAACACUUACAAAAAGCCAGCCUGCCACGGAGUCUCUGGAAAAGAAGCCCUAACCAUUGCCAAACAUUGCACAGACCGGUUCCGGUCCGCAGAAGCCAUCUGUGGUUCUAGCAGGUUCUACCCCAUCUCCGUUUGGAUGUUCAGUGGCUUUUAUUUCUGAUUUUAAAAAAAUUUCCAGGUGUCUACACCCACUUUGCAGUGUUUUAAUAUUGUGUGGAAUUGUUCAUACAGAGUGAACUGAUCCCCAGUGCAAAGGCUCACUGGUCCUUCUGUCCAUGCCCCCUGCCUGCUGGGGGUGGGGGUCGGGGCAGGACAGGCUGGUCCCCUCCCCUGGCUGCUGGGCGGGUACCCCAGAUGGAGCAUGGCCUCAGGCGGCCCCAGAGAACAGCUGUCAGCUUUGACAGGCUUUCCAGCCUGUUGUUAGAAAACCCCGAGGAGCAAAGUUCGAGGACCACUAGCCCUGUGCCCCGCGACUCGAGAUUGUUUCCGUCCAGCGUGGCCUGUAGGAGGGCGCAUCACUCUGCUGAGGGCUUGGAGUGCUCUGGGCCUGUUGUCCCCUGUGUCCAGGCACCAGGGGCCACCAGGGAGCCCAGGGGACAGGCCAAGUGAGUCACGGUCCCAAUUCAGACCAGACAGUGGAAAGUUCGAUUUUUGGUAACAAAUCUGUAAAUGAGAGAUUCCGACCCCCGAGCAGAGGACUUUGUGUAAGACAUUUAUAGAUUCCACUAUAUAUACAUGGUCUACUUUGCAGUCAAGUGCCCUGCCACCGGGCUAUGCCUCUGAAAUUACCCACUUGGUAUCAAAAAGCGUAAGAUUAGAGGUCAAUUCGAAAACUCAAAUGGAGAAUUAGGACCUUAUGCGACAGCCCCACCUCUGGGUGUGCAAACAGCAGCCGCCAGGGUCCCUUAGCGGAUGAAGGAUAAACACGAUGUGGUCCAUCCACACGCCGGAAUGUGACCCGGCCUCAGGGAGGAAGGACGUCCUGCCACCUGCCACCACGUGGACGGACUUGGAGGUCGCGGUGUGCAGUGACAGGAGCCAGACACAGAAGGACACGUCCUGCAUGACCCCCACUCACAGGGGGUCCCUAGAGGAGUCCCGUCCACAGAGACAGAGAGUAGAUGGUGGGAGCCAGGGCUGGGGGGUCAGUGCUUCAUGGGAACAGGGUUUCAGUCUGGGGAGAUGGAAAGUUCUGGAGACAGGUGGUGGGGACGGCUGCACCACAGUGUGCAUGUGCUUGAGGUCAGUGUACUUAGAAUGUUAAAAUGGUAAACUUCAUGUCGUGAACUUCACCACAAAAAGGGGAAAACUCACAACCUUGCCGAACACCCCCCCCGGAUGGCUACAAUGUAGGACUCGGUUGGCCAGGUCGUGGAGCCGGCCCGUGAGCGUGCAUGCAGCACGGCCCGUGUGGAGCUAAGCACGUACCUGCUGCAGCGCCUGGCACUCUGCUCACGCGCCUUCACCCAAGAGACCGACACGUGUGUCCCCAGAAGGUGCUGGGAGGAAUGUCCAGAGCAGCUUUUGUCCCAAUCGCCAGAAACUGAAACUAUCCCAGGCAUUCAGCAACAGGUGGAUGGAUGAACAGACUGGAGUCCGUCCCUGCCCCAGAGUCCCACUCCACAGGAUCAGGGGUCGGCCACUACCAAGUGCAGGAACCUAGCUGCCUCUCAGUAAGCCCGAAAUAGACAAGAGCAUGGCCAGUAGAGUCCACGGAUAGAGAACGUUCUGGAACAGGCGAGCCUGGGCACGGCCUGCGUGGUCAGGAGAAUGACCCCCAAAGACGUCCACAUCCUGAUCUCCAGAACCUGGGGCUACGUCGCCUUACGUGGGGCGAGAGGAAUCCCGCAGAGACGUGGAGCUGACCAUCUAGAGAUAGGGGUGACCCGGGGGCCCAGUGUCCCCACAAGGGCCUCACACGUGGCGCCUUGGGAGGCCAGCAAAGGCAGGAACUAUGUGAAGGAGGCCAAUCUGAGAAGGCCCCACGCUGUGACAUUCUGGAAGAGCCAUGAUACGGAAACAGUACAAAGAUCGUGGCUGGGGGAGAGCGGGGAGAGUGAACAGAUGAGCAUUUGGGGGAGAUUUUUAGGGCACCGACACUGUUCUGCAGGACGCAGUCACCAUGGAAACGCAGCAUUAUACGUUCAGCAAACCCCGCAGAAUGCCCGCCACCAAGAGUGAGCCUGAGUGGUAACUGUGGACCACACUGGUGCAGUGCACAGGCCAGCAUCCUGCGCCUGAAUCCGGCAGGCCUGGUCUCCCCAAUCCAGGGGCCUGCUGGGCAUCAUGCCUCCAGAAAGGAGGAAGGAGGGCAGACCCCACACCAGCGGUGCCAGGAGACCCCGAGGUGGGAGCCCCCCCCACCCCCCCCCCCCCCCCGCACACUGUGAUCUCCACCCCCAGGUCUCGGAGCAGAGUAAGGCACUUCAAGAACGGAGCCAUGCGUCCUGACCCACGCACACGGGGAAGGCCUGGUGGCUUUCCUGACCUGCACAUGCUCAGGGCGGGGGCUCCCGCACCUGCUGCCACCAUCACGGGCGCCUCACCCGGGGGGGGGGGCGGUGCAGGGGCUGCUGUGGCGAAGGACCACCAGCUGGGUGGCUCCAAACAACGGGCACUUUCGCGCUCGUGUUCCGAUGUGCUUCCCGCCCCCUCAGUGGCUCCCGACGUCCCUUGGCUGGGAGCAUGGUCUCCCAUCUCCGCCCAUCGUCACCAGGCCCCUUCCAUGUCUCUGUGUCCCUUCUCUUCUUGUAGGGACACCAGCCGCUGGAUGCAGGGCCCACCCAACUCAACCGCAUCCCAACCAAUUACAUCUGCAAAGACCCUCUGUCCAAAGAAGGUCACCUUGUGAGGUCCCAGGUGGACGUGAAUUUGGGGAAGACACCAGUCAGCCAGGUGCAGCAGACACUUCCAGGUGGUCUCAUUUGACCGUAGAGAUAUCUCGUGCGCUCCCACCAAGCACGCUUCACUGACUCACUCACUACGGGCCUGUCAAACGGCUGCCGGUCCAGAGGCAGAGUGAGGCCCACAAAGUCAACAGUCAUGGCCGCACAAAGGAGGGGACGUGGCUCCGGGUGGGGGGGGGGGGGCGGCGGUUGGAAGGUCAGGAGAGGCUUUGGACAGGGGCUCCAGCUGGGCUGGUGCAUUGGGUUCAAUUGGGUCCCCCCAAAAUCCGCAUUCUAGUCCUGACCCCCAGUACCUGUGAAUGCACACUUAAGUGGAAAUAGGGGAUCGGCAGGUGGUGACACUGGGUUAGGGUGGCCCCACAUCUGGUGACCGGGGUCUGCGGACGAGAAAGGAGGGACAUUUGGGUACCAGGCUGCAGGGGAGACACGCAGGAGAGGCCAGAGCCGUGGCUCUGGAAGCUGGGAGGGGCGCCUCAGGGGAGCAGCCAGAGCCGGGGUCCGGGGGCAGGAUGCAGAGGGCCGGUGGCACCCAAGGCUGGAGAAGCAGACAGAGGACAGAAAACAGAGGGUCUUAGGGGUCAUGCCAAGGAGUCCAAAACGUUUCCGGUCGGCUCUGGGGACUGGAGGGACGGCAGCCAGCCAGAAGGGGCCACCGGGCCAGGAGGACCACUGAGUCAGAGUGGCCCACAGAGGCGGUAACCACAUUCAGAACGGUGGUCAUUGCGGUCACUACACAAACCAUCUCCAGAGACCCCACCCUUUUCAACCCAUGAGGGAAGCAACUGGAAAAUUCUGAGUCACGAGGCCUCUCGGGGGACCAGCUGCAUGAUUUCUGGGACCCCUUGCUCAAGGUGAAAAAUUUCAGGAUGGUAACAGUGGAACAUUCCAGCAAGCCCCACCCGGGUCCGUGCAGGCCACGACCUCUCUCCCCCUUCCUCCCCCUCCCCCCACCCCAUGCCCCACUCGGAAGAUGGUUUGUUAGGAACAAGGGCACCUGUGACCCUCCCCACACCCGAGAAAUGCAGGGAGACGUUCGGUGACCUCGAGUUCUACACCACAAAACCUCUGCUCGAGAGAUGGCGUAAACUUCCAAAAACCAACAAACAAAAACCCCGUGUCCCUGUCAAAUGCAACUGACUGCAUUUCAUUUAUGAAAUCAAGAGGCGAAUCUUUCACUCGGAUCGCGUUUCCAAGAUGCCGGAGACACAGCGGCCCCAUCAGGGCGGCCGUCCAGUGUGCUUGGGGUUGUCCUCUGAGCUUCCGAGCACAAAGCACCCAGCAGUGCAGGGUGGGGGUGUGGAUGCAGGGCAGAGAACACGGAACUGGGACGCCCCAUCUGCGUCCACCCCCAAAACUGACCUCAGCGCCUCUUCUGGGCCUUUAUGCUCUUCUCCAAGAGAAGGUGUGAGCGGGAGGCCUGGGCGAGACUCGAAGACCCACCAGCGCUUUGCAAAUAGCGAUCGUGUUGUUUCUCCUACAGUUUCUUCACCCUGUUUUGGUGUUUCUUCUUUGAAAUGCAUUUUGAGACCGUCCGUCCGCAGGGGGUUCUUUGUGGUGAAAAGAGGCCCCGGGCACAACCAAGAUGAAACUCUCCGCCCUGUGACAAAAGCAUCAAAAUAUGGGAAGGUAGAAGAGCAGGGGCUACUCACAAGGCUGGUCCUAACACUGUUUCCUUUCCGUGCCUUCCGGUUCCUGGCUCUGCAGAAGGCCACGCCACCCAGGGUCGGCCGGGCUCAUUCAGGAGGCCUACUGGACAGGACUUUGGGGAUCAAUAAGUAUGGGAGAGACAAGGAGGCGGCCGCCCAGAAGGCUCCGGAGCCCCGCCCACCUCUCUCGUUGGGCCCAUAUGCGGGUUUUUUCCCCCCUCCAUUGUGACCUGCCACGGCACAGGCUGCCUGCCGGUUGCUGUGACCUUGGUCGGGGCGGCCCUGCAGCCCAAGCAAUCCCUGAAGGCGCUGGUGCAGAAGGGUGGCAGCUGCCCGCCCCACUGGGAGCCGGGACGCCUGGUCUCUCCUUGAAGGGAUGUGGACAGCACAGCUCCACACCCACCAGCCGUGUCGACCUUGACCCUCUGUGUUUAAUUCAUUCUUCUCUGUACAUGGCAGACCCCACUACAGAGAAGCCCCUGGAAACAGGCCGACAAGCCAGAGGAGAAUGAGCACCACCAGGGAGCACUCAUGAUCACUGGAAAGCGUGUAGCCGCACUGGGGAAAGGGCAGGCGGACGUUCAUGAGGUGUGGUGCUAAAGCCAUGCGCCGACUUCAAUCCUGACUGUGGGGACUUGCGCCUUCGCUCCUCCCAAAGCCUGGGGCCCUGCGGUCCCCUCCCCUCCCGGCUGGCCUUAGAGGUUCCCAGGAAGCCCCCGCGGGCGGGCGGCGUCCCUCCCCCAGAGAUCCAGCGACACGAGGGGGAACCCCACGUGAGGGGCCUCCAGGCCGCAGCAAGGGCUCGGGGAUGGGGGUUGGGGGCUCCCCCCCGGGCGACCGCAUCAGGCUCCGCCCUUUGUGCAGCACGCGUGUGGCCGGUCUGCGGAACCCGGCGCAGGGUUGACAGUGGAAAGAGUGACGUGAGGCCUCGCUGGCGAGCCGGCCCCAAGAAUGUGGCACUCUUUCUGGCCAAAAUGUAUCACUCUGGGAAGAACUCCAAGCCCAAGGUUGAGAGAGGAAUCUUUCCUGCGCUCAGAACCCGGUCUGGCGGCCCACACGGAAGGCAAACAGGGUCCAAACGGGGUCAGGUGCAGACCAGGCCAGCCAGCAGGGGUCCAGGGGCUCCAUCCCGGCUCUGCCCCUCACUAGCCCUCGGAGCUCAUGCAGGGACCACACCCCUCCCGUUCCUUCCGUUUCCGUGGGGGGUCUCGGUGAUGUCUCCUCACUCCGCUCCUCUAUGACCAGGAAAACGAGAACAUUCAGGAAAAGCCCCGCUUUCUACUGACAGGUGAUUUACCUGCCUCCAACCUAUUCCCUGCACAUCAAGAGAAUCGAGAGAGGUUCUGAGUUUGGCAAACGCUCGGGUCCCCAUCCUCGAAGUCAUGCGGGCCUGUCUCUGCAGAGGAAAGAUUCUCAGACCAGGACAGUCUGGGCUCGAGCAUGGGGUCAGAGCCUACCGUCCCCAUCCCGGGGAAUGGGGGGAGCACACUGGCUUCCGGGCAAAACAAAGCCCAGGCCGGGCCCUUAGUCCCAGCCCCCACUGGGAAAAAGUAGCAGAAGCCGCCCUCCUCCCCACACUGCUGCUGUCUGUCUGACAACCUCAUCCUGGCCACCUUUGGAGCAGAGGGAGGGAGGAAGUGCCCUUCAUGUCUGGUCGCUUUCCUGGCCAGCACACUUUGAAACAUACUGUCCGUGGGUUCCUGGAGGCUCCGUUUUCGGAAGACAGCUUCUCAGACGCCCAAGGCAGUGGACGUGGGCCAGGCCUGGGGAGCCUGCGGUCUUCCCUGGAGCGUUUCCGGAGGCCGGGAACCAGGGGACGCCUCAGCACCGGACCUGCACGGAGGCACAAGGUGAAA